AACAGUUUUUCUCUUCUGUUGGAAAAGUGAUCAACAUCUACACUAGUGGGAAUUAUUAUAUAAUUAAUAAUGGCGGUUCCAUCGGCGGUAACGAUGGCGGCGUCGCCGGCUUCAUUGUACGUUGGGGACUUGCACCCUGACGUCUCUGACGGCCAACUCUUUGACGCUUUCUCUGAGUUCAAGAGCUUGGCCUCUGUCCGUGUGUGUAGGGACUCUUCUACAGGAAGGUCUCUUUGUUAUGGCUAUGUCAACUUCAUAUCUCCUCAGGAUGCACAUCAUGCUAUCGAGGCAAAGAAUCACAGUUUGCUGAAUGGAAAGAUGAUAAGGGUGAUGUGGUCGCUUCGAGAUGCUGAUGCAAGGAAAAGUGGAGUGGGGAAUGUGUUUGUUAAGAAUUUGAGUGAUACGAUUGAUAAUGUGGGACUGCAAGAGUUAUUUCGCAUGUUUGGGAACGUAAUAUCUUGCAAAGUUGCCACAUUUGAGGAUGGGAAGAGUAAGGGGUAUGGCUUUGUUCAAUUUGAGUCAGAGGAAUCUGCAAAUGCCGCUAUUGAGAAGCUGAAUGGCUCCACUUUGGGUGAUAAGCAGAUAUAUGUUGGGAAAUUUAUGAAAAAGAGUGAUCGGGUAAUGCUAAGUCCUGAUGUCAAAUACACAAAUUUGUAUAUGAAGAAUUUGGAUGCAGAUAUCACAGAAGAGCUUUUGCAAGAUAAAUUUUCUGGGUUUGGGAAAAUUGCUAGCCUGUUUGUCGCAAAGGAUGAAAAUGGUGCCUCAAGAGGCUUUGGCUUUGUCAACUUUGAGAGUCCAGAUGAUGCCAAGCGGGCAAUGGAAGCGAUGAAUGGUUCACAACUUGGCUCAAAGGUUCUAUAUGUAGCAAGGGCACAGAAGAAAGCAGAACGGCAGCAAAUAUUGCGUCGUCAGUUUGAGGAAAAACGGAAGGCGCAGAUCAUGAAAUAUAAAGCUUCAAAUGUUUAUGUCAAGAAUAUUGAUGAUGAUGUGACUGAUGAAGAGCUAAAAGAACAUUUCAGUCAGUGUGGUACAAUUACUUCUUCAAAACUUAUGCGAGAUGACAAAGGAAUAAGCAAGGGGUUUGGAUUUGUGUGCUUCUCUACCCCUGAGGAGGCCACUAAAGCAGUUAGCACAUUUCAUGGACAUAUGUUUCACCGCAAGCCGUUGUAUGUAGCUAUUGCCCAAAGGAAGGAGGAUAGACAAGCACACUUGCAACUUCAUUAUGCACAGCGUAUGGCAGGAUUAGCAGGGCCUUCCACAGCUGUUCUCCCCGGAGGAUAUCCUCCACUCUAUUACACAGCUCCACCUGGCGUUGUUUCACCGGUACCUCCUCGGCCGGGGAUGAUGUACCAGCCUUUAGGUUUGAGGGCAGGUUGGAGGGCUAAUGCCUUCACACCUCCAACCAGACCAGCCUUUCAACCAUCAUCACUGCCCAUGGUUCCUAGUGCUACAAGACAAACUAGGCAAAACCGGGGUAGGAUGAACGGGCAUGCUCUUCUGCAGGGUGGUUACUCUGUGCCCCAAUUGCAACAGCCCGCUCAAUCGGGCACUACUUUGAAAGAUCAAAGCAACCAUCAGGUUUGUUUUUCUCUUAACGUGAUUCUAUUUUUGACAUGUUCAAGCUAUAUUUCAAAUUUUCUGAUCCCUGCAAGCUAUAUAUUGCAGCGGGUUGGGCAAGCUAAAUAUGUGCCAAAUGGUCGUGGACGAGAAGUGAACAGGGGUUCGGGAGUGCCACCAGCUGCUUCCAAUUCUGUUGCAGUUGUAUCACAAGGAUCUGAGAUGCUGAGUAGUAUGCUUGCUGCCGCUUCCCCUGAGCAGCAAAAAACAAUUCUUGGUGAACGACUCUACCCCCUUGUUCAGAAACACCAGCCUGAUCUGGUUCCGAAGAUACAAGGGAUGCUUUUAGAGAUGGACAACUCUGAACUGCUUCUUUUACUAGAGUCACCAGAAUCCUUGGCUGCCAAAGUGGAGGAAGCUGUGGAGGUUCUCAAGCUCUCAAAUGCUAAAGUGUCUGGCCAAGAUGCCCUUCAUCCAAGUUUCCUGUCUGCUGAAGUUGCAGUCAACUGA